AUGAUUUCGAAUAAAAAAUCCUAUGCCAUGAAAAUGCUACAAUUGGCCCUGGCCCUAAGCCUAUUGCAUGUCAAUCCCGAUGACUAUCUACAACAAAGACUGCGUAACUGGGAUUCCCAGCUGGAGCUAAGGGAUGGCGAUGGCUGGGAACUGGAAAUGUUACGGGCUGUGCCCAUGGUUGAAUAUCCCUAUGCCAAUCGUAAGUCAAUGAUGCCGCUCAUCGAAGAUCUCAUACUGUACGAUCAUCAGAGUGAGAGUUUGGCCAAUACGCAGUACAAUAUUACCGCCUAUUUACUGAAUGUCUCCAAUGAAGGUGUCAAUCAAACGGCGGCCAUGCAAGAAAUGCAAGCCAUACCUCCACCGUCGGGCGCCACAACCGCUAGUAGUGGUUCGUCUGGCUCAGGAACAUCUGCCACGUCAUCAUCUUCGCCCUCAUCGGGUGGGUCGAUAACUUUGGAUAAUGUUCGCAACACUACGGCGGCUGCAGUUAGUUCCAUAGUCCAUGCGGCGGGUAAUUCAAACAACACCAACAUCCACAACCUCCCCACCCCAGAAAUUGAACUAUUCCUCAACUCGGAAUCCAUGCAAGAUCAACGUUCGGUAUGGGAACAAAAUCUCGCAGAUCUCAGUGAUUUCAAUGAUCUACCCAUUAUGAAUAGCCACUAUGGCAAUUUACCCCUAAAAGAUGGGCAACAGGCGCAAGAUUCAGCAUCACUUUUUGAUUUACCCCAUUUAGAUGUGUUCCUACCCACCUUUGGUAGUUCGGCAAAUGCUUUAAAUACCGAGUCGGAAGGAGCUGUGGCCUUAAACGGCAGCUUUCCAAAUCCUGAUGAUGAAGUUGGCAUAAAAUUGGAACAAUUGGAUGAUGAGGACGAUAAGGCAUUAUUGGUGGGUGUUAUGGACACGAGAACCGCAACAUGUUCCACAUUAAGUUCGGAUGCAACCGAUAUUUCGGAAGUUUGUGUUAAAAAGGAAAAGGAAGCAGAGGAAGGCGAAUUAGAUGUUGUUAGUACGGUGAAAGUGGAAGAAGUGGAUUUAAGUCCAUUCAUAAGCAAUGCAGAAGUCACUAAAGAG